ACAUUUCUGAAUUCGCUUGAAAGCUUGCAUUUCUACUACCAGCAUAUCUAUUUAGUAUUUGUCCAGCGUAUAUCCUUCUAAAGCAAGUAAAGAAGCAUGAUGGCCGACGAUGUGGAAGUGUUGGAUGUGGUGGUGGACCUUACCGAAGACUCCAAGCCUCCUGCUCGCAACAAGAGCACAUCAGAAAUAGACGAUGAAGUGGUGGUCAUUGAAAUAGAUCCGGCCAAUUCCAAGCCUUCGGCACGUCCAAAGACGAGUUCAUCAAAAGCAACCGACAAUGAAGUGAUCGUCGUUCCCGCUGCCGCUUCGGUCCCCUCCAGUUUCAUGACACCUGAUGCUGCAGCCCCUGGAAGCGACUAUGCAUUGGCCUUGAAGCUCGCAGCCCAAGAACCCUCCUGUAGCCAGAUUCUUCGCAAACGGCGCAAGGGGGUUCUCUUUUCCUGUGGCAUCUGCCUGGACGAGGACCUCGAAUCGUUCAAGGGCUAUUCGAUGGAGGCCUGCAAACACCGCUUCUGCACAUCCUGUCUGACCAGAUUGGUCCAGUCUUCCUUGGCUCCAAGUGCCUCUCAUGUAUUGAAGAUCAUGUGUCCUCAGGACAAGUGCAAAAGCAGCCUGUCAGUCAAUGAUAUCCGGUUCAUUCUCAGAGAUGAUCCAGCAGCAUGGAAAAAAUACUCUGAGAAGGCCUCACUUUGUUCUCUCGAGUCGGAAGUGCUGGACACGGACAGUCACACCCGGCGUUGCCCCAAUGAUCGAUGCAAUUUCAUCUUUUCUUUUGUCCAUGGCGCUGCAGCAGAAGGUCGUCAAUUCGAUUGCCCAUCAUGCAAGAAAAGCUACUGUCUUCAAUGCGGUGCCAAUGGUGGCAAAGUGGGCCCUGCACAUGCGGGGAAUACUUGUACAGAGCGAAUUGAAAUCAUACAAAAGCAGGUCGAGGAACGACGUAAAUUUGAUGAGUGGAAAGAAGAAAAUUCCAAAGCAGACGAACGCUUCAACGCAAUGAUGGAGCAGGAACGUAAGAAGGGCAACACCAAGCCUUGCCCCAAGUGCAACACUCCCAUUGCAAAGAAUGGAGGGUGCGACCACAUGUAUUGUACUCAGUGCAAAACUCACUUCAACUGGGGAGGACGAAACAAGAAUCCAUCGUUUAUGCCUGGCUUGAACGCUGUGCCACGCUAAGAUGCUCUCAAUCAGGUGUUUCGAUGAUAAAUGAAUGCUCUUGAUUAGUUUGGUGUAUUUUGGGACUUGCCCAAGUGGAAGCUACGAUGCCAACUUUCCCAGGGAUUUCAACAGCAAAUCUCAUAGCCAUAAAGAAUUAUAACUCUCAUAGAUCUUUCGCGAUGCCCCACAGUACAGCGUAUCGGUACCGUAUGUCACGGUUUCCAAAUCCACAACGGCAUC